AUCCUCUCAUACUUACCUACUUCCACUUACUUCCAGUGUGAGCGAUCUAGGUUAGAGAUUUGUGGACCCGAUCGUUUCCUGGUCAACACGCUCGACCAGACAAUCCUGUUGAUGUAAUGCAACCUGCAAGUUCCCGUGCUGCCCUCUCAUUAAUUGCAGCUGCCAAGAAAUCAUCGCUAAAUCUGUCCUGAAAUAGAUUGCAGGGCUCGCACGUCCAUCAGGUCUUCUAGGGACACUGCUCGUAAUAAUCGAAUACCACACCGCUACAUUCCUGACGAAAUGACCUCACACGAUGAGGGUCGUGAUCGGAGAGAGCGUCGUCGCAGAGACUCGGAUACGCAUAGGAAACACCGUGAGAGGCGAAGACACCGAGAGCAUGGUACGGUGUCCGCUUCCGAAGGCUCGGGUAGCCAGUCAAAACCACAACUUUCCAUGAAUGCUCUAGCACAGCUGAACGAGAUGAAUACAAGGGGUCACAUUCCAGAACCCUCGCAAGCCCGAAAGCCCGAACGAAAGAGGAGGAAAGACCGGCCGCGGCAGGGCGAAUACGAAGCUGUCGACGCAGAAUAUGAGUCUCCACGUAGAGAGAGAGCAAGGAGGCACGAGACAGGAUAUUCAGACAGGGAGCAUAAUUCUCCGAGGAAAACCAAACGGCGCCAGAAUGAGUAUUCGGAAUCCGAGAGAGAACCUGAGUCACCGAGACGCCCCAGGCGGACCCGCGCAUACGCACAGCCAGACUUUGACGACGAUUAUGAGGAAUAUGAAAACCUGGCACGAGAAAGGAGGCAGCACAGAAGGAAGAAGAAGAGGGUCGUUAGUGGCGCCAUUGCCGAGGAGGGCAGAUCAACUCCUGAAAUAAGAGGCGGCUUCAGGAGUAAUCAUAGCAGCUGGAACAGCAUAGAGCAGGAAAAGUCGACCAACUUCACCCCUCCAAGAUGGAAUCGGAAGAAGAAGAGAUGGAUCAUCGCGGGGGUCGCUCUCAUCGUCCUCAUCAUCGUCAUAGUCGUUGCUGUUGUUGUGAGCAAGAAGAAUACACCCAAACCUCACAAAGAGUCGGAUCUCGGCAGCGUGGACCCAGACACCGUUCCAACUGCCGCUCGAGGAACAUAUCUAGACCCCUUCACAUGGUAUGACACCACAGACCUUAAUGUCACCUAUACGAAUGAGACUGUCGGUGAUCUUCCCAUCAUGGGGCUUUUCACGGACUGGGACGAUUCUGCAGCACCAAACAGCAAAGUUCCGGCACUUGAUAAGGCUUGGGGUGAUUACUCUAAGAAACCGGCCCGUGGGGUUAACCUCGGCGGGUGGCUUUCAUUAGAACCCUUCAUUACGCCGUCUCUAUUCAACUACGAUAUCAGAUUAGGUAUUGUGGAUGAGUAUACUUUAUGCAAACAUCUAGGCCCGAAGACGACAGCUACUACUCUUGAAAAACACUACGCCACCUUCGUCACGGAGCAGACUUUCAAAGAAAUACGGGAUGCUGGGCUUGACCACGUACGGAUUCCCUACAGUUACUGGGCGGUGCAGACUUAUGACGAUGACCCCUACCUAUUUCGAAUAUCAUGGCGGUAUCUUAUACGUGGUAUCGAAUGGGCGCGCAAAUAUGGCUUGCGUGUGAAUCUCGAUUUACACGCUCUGCCUGGGUCACAGAAUGGCUGGAACCACAGUGGACGCCUCGGCGCGGUCGGGUGGUUGAACGGAACGAAUGGGGAACUAAACGCGCAACGAUCUCUUGAUGUUCACGACCGAUUGUCUAAGUUUUUCUCACAGGAUCGAUACAAGAACGUCAUCACGUUCUACGGGCUUGCCAACGAACCACAGAUGGUAACGCUAUCCUCCAGCGCUGUGGUGUCAUGGACAGAGCAGGCGUUCAAACUCAUCCGUGCAAAUGGGCUGACGUGGCCGAAGGUCGUGUUCGGUGACGGGUUCAUGGGGUUACCGAAUUGGCAGGGACUGCUAACCGGAUAUCCCGAUUUGAUUCUAGAUGUUCACCAAUAUGUCAUUUUCAACAACGAUUUGAUCAAGUUCACGCACCAGGAGAAGAUCAACUUCGCGUGUGAUCAGUGGACACAGCAGGCUGAGCAGUCACUUGAUACCUCAACGGGGUAUGGCCCGACCAUGUUCGCGGAGUGGUCCCAGGCCGACACGGAUUGUGCAAAAUUUUUGACCAACGUUGGUUGGGGCAAUCGAUGGACAGGAACAUACGACUCAGGGAACUCGUCCAGCCAAGCCCUCACCCCUAUGUGUCCGACAACGGACUCGAGUUGCUCUUGUGAUGACGCCAAUGCCGCCUAUGGCGACUAUAGCGACAAUUACAAGAAGUUCCUACUGAUGUUUGCCGAAGCGCAGAUGACCUCCUUCGAGAAGGGUUACGGUUGGUGGUACUGGACCUGGGACACCGAGUCUGCUCCUCAAUGGAGUUAUCGCCAGGGUCUAGCAGCUGGGAUCUUGCCCGCUAAGGCAUAUGACCGCGACUUUAACUGCGACUCAGACGUGCCCGACUUUGGAGACAGCGGCCUUGCUGAAACUUAUUGAGCCGAACAUCCGCAUCUUUGGGGCAGACGGAAUCACAUCUGGGACUAAUUUCAUAUAAUCUUACACUAGAGUCAUGUCAUUAUAAUUUAGAAGGCAAAUAGUCGGUGCAUAUCUGGCGGGUUCAUUGAGCGCUGUUUGAAGGUAAUACUCUGGUUUAGAAAUCAAGAGCAUAUCUAGUCAUGCUAGGUCAAGCUUUAUGUUUAGCAAUUUUUUACAAGAGACGCAAUACAUAACGAUAUGAGAACCAAAA